CAUCAUCCACUUACACGACUAUACAGCCUAAAAUAUCCAUCUCUCUCCCUCCUCAAUCCAAAAAACACAUUGCGAUUGUUUCUCUCUCCCACUUACUCUUCACACGCAGAUCUAGGCCUUCGAUAUAUUCGUUGCGCAUUUUCUUUCUCUUUCUCUCUACGACGCCCAAUUCCCACUAGAGUUACCGAUGGACCGGAGCCGAACCGAGAAUCCGGUCUACAUACGCCAAUGGAGCAGCGAAUCUGGUGCUACUGCCGGUUCAUCCUCUCCGGUGAUGUCACCGGUGCGCCACCACCACUCCCGGUCGUCUUCCGCCACUGGCAUUUCCAAUAUUAAGCGGACUCAGAACUUCGCUGCCAAAGCCGCGGCUCAGCGUCUCGCUCAGGUAAUGGCUUCUCAGGCAGCCGCCGACAAUGACGACGACGACGACGACGAAGAUAAUGAUGACUUAGAGUUCCGAUUCGGUGCUCCUCCGCCUAUGUCUUUAUUAAGGACCCUUAACAACAACAGCAGCAACGGUAACACUACUGUUAGGCCCGCUAUCCCGCCGACUAAGAUCACAAGAUCUCCUUCUCCAGCGGCCUUCGAUAUAUUCGUUGCGCAUUUUCUUUCUCUUUCUCUCUACGACGCCCAAUUCCCACUAGAGUUACCGAUGGACCGGAGCCGAACCGAGAAUCCGGUCUACAUACGCCAAUGGAGCAGCGAAUCUGGUGCUACUGCCGGUUCAUCCUCUCCGGUGAUGUCACCGGUGCGCCACCACCACUCCCGGUCGUCUUCCGCCACUGGCAUUUCCAAUAUUAAGCGGACUCAGAACUUCGCUGCCAAAGCCGCGGCUCAGCGUCUCGCUCAGGUAAUGGCUUCUCAGGCAGCCGCCGACAAUGACGACGACGACGACGACGAAGAUAAUGAUGACUUAGAGUUCCGAUUCGGUGCUCCUCCGCCUAUGUCUUUAUUAAGGACCCUUAACAACAACAGCAGCAACGGUAACACUACUGUUAGGCCCGCUAUCCCGCCGACUAAGAUCACAAGAUCUCCUUCUCCAGCGUUAGCUCAGAAUAUUGUGGAGGACAUUCCAUCAGUCCGCUCAGCAACAGCUGCAAGGCCAUCCAUGUCAAUUGGCACAGUACCAUCAUUACCACCUAGCAGAACAUCACUGAAGGCUCCAAUGUCUAUACCACCACUCGAUCCUCCUAACAAUAGGCAAAGAGAGAAAAAGUUCUCAUCAGACCUGGGGCAACUAAACUUGAAAGAUACAGGAGAACAGCGAGAGGCUUCUGCACUUCGUGAUGAACUUGAUAUGCUACAAGAAGAAAAUGAGAAUAUCCUUGAAAAGCUCAGAGUUGCAGAAGAGGGAUGUAAGGAAGCAGAAGAUAGAGUUCGGGAGCUUGAGAAACAGGUAGCUGCUCUUGGAGAAGGAGUAUCUUUGGAAGCUAAAUUGUUAAGCAGAAAAGAAGCUGCAUUGCGUCAAAGGGAAGCUGCACUCAAAGAGGCAAAACAAGCAAAAGAUGGGAUAGAUGAGGAAAUGGCAUCCCUUCAGUCCAAAGUGAAGACUGCAAAAGAUGAGGCUGCAACUGCUGUAGAUCAUCUUCGAGGAACUGAAUCUGAAGUUAAAGCGCUUCGCUCUAUGACACAGAGAAUGGUUUUAACUCAGAAUGAAAUGGAGGAAGUUGUUGUUAAACGAUGCUGGCUUGCACGCUACUGGGGUUUAGCUGUACGGCAUGGUAUCUGUGCAGAUGUUGCUGUGUCAAAGCAUGAGUACUGGUCAUCUUUAGCACCUCUUCCUUUUGAAGUUGUAAUUUCUGCUGGACAAAUGGCCAAGGAGGAAUGCUGGGAGAAAGGUGAUCACAAUCCGGAGAGGAGGAGUAAACUUGUCGAGGACCUGGGUGAUCUAACUGGAGAUGGGAAUAUCGAGAGUAUGCUUGCAGUUGAAAUGGGCUUGAAUGAGCUUGCUUCGUUGAAGGUCGAGGAAGCCAUCGUGCUUGCAUUGGCCCAACAGCGACGUCCAAAUUCUGCUCGACAAUACAUCUCAGAUAUCAAGUCUCCCGGUGAUCCAAAGUUCAUGGAUGCAUUUGAACUGAGCCCAGAGGAGUCUGAGGAUGUCCUUUUCAAGGAGGCGUGGCUUACUUAUUUUUGGAGAAGGGCCAUAGUUCAUGGCAUAGAAGAUGACAUUGCCAAAAGUCGCCUUCAAUUUUGGAUUAGCCGGAGUGGGCAGUCACCAACUUCACAUGAUGCUGUUGAUGUUGAGCAAGGUCUCAUGGAGCUGAGGAAACUGGGGAUUGAGCAACAUUUUUUCCCAUUUCCCACACGUGAUAGUGCAGUCCUGAGAGAGGAAAUUGAUCAUGUAGAUCCGAAAUCAAUGGGCCUUCGCAUUGUACUUGAGAAGCGAAUUGUAUGUAUCCUGAAAGAGGCGUGGCUUACUUAUUUUUGGAGAAGGGCCAUAGUUCAUGGCAUAGAAGAUGACAUUGCCAAAAGUCGCCUUCAAUUUUGGAUUAGCCGGAGUGGGCAGUCACCAACUUCACAUGAUGCUGUUGAUGUUGAGCAAGGUCUCAUGGAGCUGAGGAAACUGGGGAUUGAGCAACGUCUCUGGGAAGCAUCCCGCAAGGAAAUUGACCCGGACUCUUCUAUUCCGACUUCUCGUAAAUCUGCCAUUGUUUAA